UUUGAAAUGACACAAUAAAUUAAUUUCCGAAUGUCGUUGAGCACUUUAAAGACGAUGGGUAUCCACGCGGGUGGUGAUAACAAUUGCAAAUAAAGCAAGGUCAUCGCCGGCGACGGCGCCUAGUGGAACGAUACGUAUUAUAGUGAAUGCACAUGAUAAAGUAGAAAAGGAAAUGUACUGUGUGCGAUGACGACGAUGAUGAAACUAUGUGCGAUGAUGACGAUGAUGAUUCAACAAUGUGGAGGGAUGCGCAGUAUUUGAUCAAUUCUCUAGUACCAGGUUGAUGGAAAAGCCGGCACUGCAAGAGUAACCUGUCCCACGUCUGGCAUAAUAUGUAGUUGCCUGGCGCAUCUGGAGCGUAUAAAGGGGAGGGGUGAGUGCUAGCUUUCGACUCAACAAAGAAAAAUCAUCAAGUCUCAGCCCUCUCUUGCAUCCAAACAUGAAAUUCUCAAUCACCACUAUGAUCAUGUCCGCUGCCUUGAUGGCUGGUGUAGCCAUCGCAUACAACCCUAUCGGCCUGUCAUGCGACACCCCAGGCGGUUAUGGGUGCUCGCAGGAUGCGAGUUUGAACGGCGGAAAUGCGUUUAUUUACGAAUGUGGACCGUCAGACACGUUCGUUUACGUCGCGGGCUGCCGCUGCCCUACUUGCUGCCAGGCCACGACCACCGGUGCGUACUGCACGUGAGAGCAAAGUCUCAUGCGUGGAAUAAUGCAGCGUGAUCCGUGAGAGAGAAUUCGAAGGAGUGCUGUAGUCUGCUCAAUAAUAAACCGUGUCUUGAACCAAUCCCACUUGCUCGUGACAUUGUAAUGCCGCACUUCAAUUUUCAAAGCGUGAGUUGUGCUGGAAUUGUCCCUGGAUCACGAAUUGUCAUUCCUAAAUGGACCAUCAACUCGAAGGACUGUUGACGAGUAGAAUGAACGAGGUGUUCGAGUACCACAACACUCGGUCUCACCGCUGCACACUGAAAAUAGGAAUGGGCUGGGUGAGAUGAUAUCGUUGAUAUAUGGCGGGAACAUACA